GCCUCAAUUCUGACUGAACAAGUGCAUGCAUGCAAAAUACGAACGUGGUCUUGUCAAUUGAUUCUCUGACAUCACUUCAAAUACGAUUCAACACUAUUCUCCUUCGGUUUCCUCGCGCAUUCUUCCCUUCCCUUCAAUUCCACACAGCCAAUUCCAAAAAGACACACACCACCAGAGUCUCACCAUAUUCAAACUCAAACGUGGAGACUAUCUGGAAUAGAGACCAUCGCCAUACCAUUACCAUUACCAUUGCCAUCAUUCCAUCCCAUCCCAUCCCAUCUCAUCCUUUCUCUCCAUAUCCCUCCAUAUCCCUCCACAUCCCUUCCGCUUGGACUCGAAGCAAUAUCAAAAUAGAAAUUACGGAGUACGACGAAAGCGUUCAAACUACUUAUAAUUAGCCAGUCUAAUCAUUUGUUACACCAUCAUUGUCAUUGUCGAUCCUUCACAUUCUAACUUCUUCCCAUUCUAUAUUUGUUACAAAGGUUUCCACUCAAUUGGGCCUGCAAAAAUUCAAUUGAUGACUGUGGAUUAAGAUUGGCUACUUCAUCAACCUACCAGCCACGAAAGCCACCAAUCAUCCCGUUCAUACGUCUCUACCUUUCAUGCGAGACUCCAUUUCUUGGGAUUCCUACCUCCCUCAAACUCAAUAUUUACUCGGAUAAUUGAUACAAAAACUCACCUUAAGCAAUACUUCAAGAUCGUAUCGAAAAGGAUCCAUCCCAUCCUGCCCGCAUAUCUCAAACCAGCAUUUUCCCGGUUGAAGGUCCCAUUCCCGACUUCGAAACAAGCCGCAACCACAGAAUGAGUGAACUGCGCAACGUCACCUUUAUGCGUUAAACUUUUCCUCCAUCGUCUCCUCAUUUUGCAAUCCUAUAGACGUCUCUUCUCCUUUCUCCAUAUCAAAGAAUCGAGAAAUCAUGUCUAUAGAUGUUGCUCUACAAUCCGUUGCAUUCUACAUAUUAUCCUGCUCGACGUGCGCCAAGAUUAGCCAUAGGAGGAAAGCCAAAGAGCAGGCCAAACGAGAACGAGUCGAAAAACAUGCAUUGGAAACCGAACAGCCGGGCCUGUAUAGGCAUCCUUCACCGUUCUCGACAAAUCCAUAUUGGACAGAAGAAAUCAUGAUGGGCCCCGGUCCGCCGAAUAAAAAAGGAAAUAAGAAGGACAAGAAUGGAAGUCAGAGAGGGUUAAAUACAGCAGGACAAGGAAGCAGUUAUGCGAGUAGUGCGGGGAUGAGUACGGAUACAGGUAGUAGUCCUACGAUUGUUGAAGAGGGGUCUCGAAUAUCGGGAGAGGGGUGGAAUAGGAAACGAUAUCAACGAGAAGACGAACAACUUUGGGGCAGGGAAACGUAUGGACCGGGUCAUAGAAUUAUGGAUGCAAUCACAAGGGCUUCGGAAUCCGCAGGGAGAAUGUUCAAUAUGGAUGGGAGACCUAGUAGUAAACAUGGAUCGGACGGAAACCCAGAAACGUAUUAUAUUGCGAGAAAUCCACCAGUGAACGAUUUACAUCCACCAAUUGUUAGUACGGCACCGAGGAGCAAAGAAGAGACAAGAUGGAUGAUACAACCACCUCCUUCGGCGAAAGUAAUGGAGGGUAAGGAGAGAGUAGUCAGUACUAGUAGGAAUCGAGCUGGCAGUCAUGGAAGUAGUCGGAGAGGCACAGAAAGUCAACCGUUAGGACGAAUCGUCACGGAAAAACUCAUCGAUGCCAAAGUCCAACGUGGAGAAACCCCUUCCAAGUUAGAAAUCCGUUCUUUCACAAACAGAGGUCAACAACACGAUCGGAACAGAAGUUCAUCGACCGAUUCGUGCAGCUCUUCAGAUGGAUACACAACAAGGCGAUCCAGAAAACCAUCUCCAAUCACAGUUCCCAAAGCUGGAACGAGUAAACCCCGUGGGAAAGCAGAGCACAUCCCUAUACGAGACUCGGAAGUGGCGACAGAAAUGCGGGAGACGAAUGGCAAUGGAAGACCUCUUCUCGCGACCAUUGUUAGCUCGUCAAAUGUGACUCCACAGUUACAUAAGAGUCAAAGUACGGAUUUACCAUUGAGAGAAUUAUCGGGAUCGACUACUGGAACUGGAAAUGGAAAUGGAAGUUCUAACUCGUGGAUGAAUGCAAAGGAAUAUAGAGCUGCGGCUGCUAGUGAAUCGCUUCCAGAUACGAAGAGAGAAGUGAGUGUGACAAUGAGUGAGGGAAAAUUGUCAAAGCCAGAACAUGUCGAGGCAUGUCCUACACAUGGUGACUUACAGACAUAAAUGUCACUUGUUGGGGGAAUGAAGGAGGACCCAUCCACGAUUAUGAUUGUCGCUUUACCACAGCGUUCAUUUCUUAUGUUCUCUUUUUCCUUUCUUUUGUUUCUCUACUUGGAGACAGUGUUUCCAUCUUUCCAAGCCAAUUUUUGUCCGUUUUUGUCUGAUUUCAAAAUUGUUGGGUUUAGCAUAUCCAAAUCAUUGGUCUUGAUUGGUAUUGGACAACGGAGCAGGCGUUAUAAAAUUUUCGGCCAGGGAAUGCAUACGUUCUGAGCUUGGCGGCGAAAAGAAUGGUGUAUAGGUGUUUCGGGAUUGAAGAUAUUUUUACUUGUUCGUUUCACUUCUGUGUUUAUAUUUGUGUUUGGGAAGGGGAUUACGUUUCUUUUUUCUUUUCUUUUCCUAUUCUUUUCUCUUUCUUGGGGGUAGGAUGGUGUUUAGCAUUUUGGGGGGCAUGCGGACUUGGUUUGUCUGGGUUGGAGUGGGAAGGGCGCUCAAAAGGGGUUUGGGAGUUUAUGGAUGAAUGAUAUUGGUGUUUUUCAUGAAGUUUGGAGAGAUUUGGGGGGUGCGGUGAAGGGGUGGAGGGAUGUGUAUAUAUGCAUUGUGAUGUGGUCAUGAUUUGUGAGAUGUGUUUUGGAGGGAGAUUUGGGCUAUUGGAUGGGGGAUAUGAAUGGGAGGGGGGGCGAAAGAUAGGAAGGGGAAUGAUAAAUUUGUUUGAGUUGAGUUGAGUUGAGUUGAAGGAUAAGGAGGAAGCCGAGAGAAUGAAAGAUAUGGAAAAAAAAAUUGGAAAAAGGGAAGGAAGAAGAUGAAGGAAAGGCAGAAUAGGAGAACCGAAGGAAGUCAAAGCAAAUCAGAUUACAUCAAAUCGAGGAAAUCAAAACAAAUGAAAACAAAUUCAAUACAAUACAAAUCA